UUUUUUUUUUUUACCUUUAUUUAACUAGGCAAGUCAGUUAAGAACAAAUUCUUAUUUACACUGACAGCCUACACCUGCAAAACCCGGACGAUGCUGGGCCAAUUGUGCUCUGCCCUAUGGGACUCCCAAUCACGGCUGGUUGUGAUACAGCCUGGAUUUGAUUUGUUGUCUGUAGUGACGCCUCAAGCACUGAGAUGCAGUACCUUAGACCGCUGUGCCACUCGGGAGCCCAAACUAGCAACCCUCCAGUUGAUGGCUGGCCUCUCUAACUGCUAGGCUACCUGCCACCUCAACAAUAAAAAGCAUUCAAAAACACAACUUUAGAUAUGAUUAGGGAAUAUGAUUUGUCAAAAUGUGUUGACAUAAACCACUUUUAUUUAUGGAAGAAUAGCAAGGGCACAGAUGGUUCCAUGGGCCUCAGCUGCUAGGGUUGGCCUAAUUGAAUAGUGUCUCCCUGAAGACCAGUUCCUGCCAGUGCCAGCAAGGAAACAGUAAGCAGGGGGGUGUGGAGGAGGAGCCCAAUACUGAGGGCUCACUUUGAAGUUGCUCAGUUGUUUUCAGUCAUGCUGAAGGUUGUCAACUUGGCCGUAGGCUAUAAGAAAGCAUGAGACCCUGAGGAGACUUCAAAACGGAGUUCUCUUCCAAGGUUCAGAUGAAUCGGUGGCGGAGAUCAGUGGAUGAGAUCCAGGCCAGGAAACGGCAGGUCACAGAGUGUGAGCGUGCCCUGGAAGCCCUGUGCAAGGUGACUGCCUGUUUCCAACAGAUGGCCAUCUCUAUCGGAAGUAACUCAGAUGGCAGCUUUCUGAGAGAGGAGAUGGACGAGACCAGAGCACUGGCUCAUAGAAUCUGCACAGGGUUGCACAGACGUCUGGUCCCUCUAUUGACAGAGAGGGCGACUGAACCUGGACAAGAGGAUCGAUUACAGGUGGAGCGACUGUGGGUUAUUUUCCUCACUGGGCUAGAGAACCUCCAACAGUACCUGCACAAAGCCAGUGACUUAAUAGACUGCUUCCCUUUGAAACAGAGGAAUGACCGCCGGGCCCUGGUGAACACAGGAGCUUCAGAUGGGGUCAUUGGGGUGUCUGCCCGAGCUGCUUCAGUCCAAACACCAUGGCUAGCAGUGGAGGUGGAGCAAAACCCUGACCUAAAGACGCACAUCACCCAGAUUGACGCCCUGGUCAAGGAGAUGCUCCAGAAAGUCAGCAUUCCUUUCUGGGCAGUGGAGGCUACCCAAGAGGCCUGGGUGGAAGGCGCUCAGUCUCAGGACACUGCACACGAUCAGGAUGAGACUCUGGAAGAGAUGAUGGUGGUGUCCCAAGAUGACCAGAUGUCUGGGUGUUGUCAACCUCUAAACUGUAAGUUAGGCUGUAUGUUUUGUCUAUCGACCUGAAGACUGAGGUAUACUCUUGAACUGUUAAUGGUCAAUAAAACUUUGAAUAAAGCCUCAUCAUACACCGUGCAAUAACAAGUAGCUACCAAAAUGGCAUUCCUGUGUACAAACUAAAAUGGGCAGUACUGCAAUUUUAAAACGACAGUACAGGACCGGCAUUUUGCAUAGUUCUUGUGUUGCAUACACAUGGUAUAAAUUAGGUUCUCUCAUGCACAAGUCAUUUCUAUUUACUAAUGAAGACUAUGAACGUUAGACAAAUGUCUUUAGACGCAGUCAAAGAACAAAUGCUUUAAGGUAUGAUCAACUAUAAAGAUCUCCUUGAUAAAAGGAUAGAUGUUUAUGUCAAAGACCUUGUAUACCUAGGUUAUUGAUUCAUUUUGUAAUACGCUGACUACACCGAGUGUGUGCAUCGACACACACGCGGGUUGAAAUGGCAAAACACCCAAUAUUAAUUUGGUGACCGGUCGAAAGAGUCACGGAGAUUUAGCUAGCUAAUUGGUCCCGGGAUAUAAAAAUUUCGUUAUUUUACCUGAAAUACACCAGGUCCUUUUUCCCCCUUGGAUCUUUGUGGGAUUUUGACCCAUUGAGUCACAAAUUCGUGUGCCCUCUCCAACAACUAAUCCACAAAUAAAAGGGAAAACCUAGUUCGUUUCUUGUAAUCGAGCCUUCUGUGGACUUUAUAUGGCGGUUGGCAACCAACUUUAAGGUGCAUUACCACCCACCAACUGGACUUGAGCGUGGCCCUAAAUUCAGCUUUCAAUCACACACGUGGGUAAAUGCUACUAAAAACCAAUGACGAGAUGAGGGACUUGUGACACAAAUAGAAUCAAGUUGUAUUUUUGCGCCUGGCUACAGAGACACGCGCGAGCAGUUUGGGUAAAAUGAUUGAACAUAUGAACAUUUAUUUUGUAACAUGGAUGGUGUGGUCAGCAUGUUAGAAUGAACGUUGUAUUGAUUGCUUGAAAUGUAUUAUGCAAAUUAAAUAAAGUCAAAUGUUGACUGGAAAAUAACCA